AUGGUAGUGGACGAUAAGGUCGAGUUCCCCAAGGAGGAAGAGGCGGUCUUGCGUUACUGGAAGGAGAUACACGCAUUCGAGACUGCAAAUAAGCUUGCUGAGGGAAGGCCUAAGUUUAACUUCUACGAUGGGCCACCAUUCGCAACGGGGCUACCACAUUACGGUCACAUCCUGGCGGGAACGAUCAAGACUGGCCACUCUGUCGAAAGGAGGUUCGGGUGGGACUGUCAUGGUCUGCCGAUCGAGUACGAGAUCGACAAGACCAACAACAUCAAACACCUAAACGAUGUGCUGGAGAUGGGUAUCGGCGUAUACAAUGAAAAGUGCAGCUACAUGGAGACACUAUGGUGGAUUUUUAAACAAUUGUAUAACAAAGGGCUAGUUUAUCGUGGUUUUCAAGUGAUGCCGUAUUCGGUGGCUUGCACAACGCCCGUGUCUAACUUUGAGGCGAACCUGAAUUACAAGGAUGUAACCGACCCUGCAGUCUAUGUCGCAUUCCGUUGUGUGGAUGAACCUCUGGAAAUGGUUGCAUGGACAACCACACCGUGGACGCUACCAUCAAACCUUGCGUUGAUUGUUAAUCCAGAUUUCGUAUAUGUAGUCCUACACCACGAACAACGUGGUGUCAACCUAGUCGUUGCUGAGUGUCGUCUGGAGAACUUCUGCAACGAGACACGCCUUGUAUGCGGCAAGGAUAUAAAUGUAGUCCGUAAGGUACCAGCUACAGAAUUAAUCGGCAAGCGUUACGAACCACUGUUCGAAUACCACGCAGCAGAGCCGGGUUUCAGCGAGGAGCAACUUUCAGUCUCAUAUGUGAUUUUGGGAGACUCAAUGGUUACAGCCGACGCUGGUAGCGGUAUAGUUCAUUGUGCACCAUACUAUGGUGAGGAGGAUAUGAAAGUAUGCAAACGUCAUGGUGUAUUCCGAGGUGCUAUACCAGAUCUGGUCGACGAAAGUGGUCGGUUCAAAAGCCACCUGGCACGUAUAGGGGGCAUGUUCAUCAAGGACGCUGAUGUGGAGAUCAAGAAACUAUUGAAAGAGAGGUCACGACUAGUACACGCUGGCAGUGUGGUUCACUCAUAUCCCUUCUGCUGGCGUAGUGACACUCCUCUAAUCUACCGCGCUGUCAGCUGUUGGUUCAUCAAAGUGGAGGAUUACCGUGCUGAUAUCCUGCGAAGCGUUGAGCAGACGCAGUGGGUACCCAGUUUUGUCAAGGAUAAACGUUUCCGCAACUGGAUUGCAGAUGCACGUGACUGGUGUGUGAGCCGUAACCGCUUUUGGGGGACACCUAUCCCACUAUGGGUUAGCGAUGAUUACACCCAAUUAGUAUGUAUCGGAAGCAUCGAAGAGCUGGAAAGUCUCUCAGGUCGCAAAGUUGUGGAUCUGCAUCGCCACUUUGUGGACGAAAUCGAAAUACCGGAUCCUCGAGGUCCACAAUACAAGCCUCUAAGACGUAUCCCAGAGAUUUUUGAUUGCUGGUAUGAAAGCGGGUCGAUGCCUUACGCUAAAGUGCACUAUCCAUUCGAGAACAGUGAGAAGUUUAACGAAAUAUUCCCUGCAGACUUCAUUGCCGAGGGGCUGGAUCAAACCCGAGGAUGGUUCUAUACUUUAAUGGUGUUGUCCACGCACCUAUUCGGGGCACCAGCCUUCCGUAACAUCAUUGUAAAUGGUCUGGUAUUGGCUAGUGACGGAAAGAAAAUGUCUAAGCGUCUAAAGAAUUUUGCAGAUCCUGUAGAGGUAAUAAAUCAGUACGGAGCAGACAGUGUUCGUCUCUACUUGAUUUCAUCGCCAGUUGUGCGUGCCGAACCCUUGCGUUUCGUAACUGAUGGUGUCCGAGGUAUUUUGAAGGAUGUUAUUCUCCCGUGGUUCCACGCAUACAGAUUUUUGGUACAGGAAGCAUCUCGGUAUGAAUUGACAACUGGGCGCCGAUUCAUGCCCAGUACCGACGCCACGCUGAGUUCAUCGUGCGUUAUGGACCUGUGGCUACACUCGAUAACACAACAGUUAAUAGGCAACGUUCACCGAGAAAUGAAAGCGUACCGUCUAUACAAUGUCCUUCCACAUCUUUUGGAGUUUUUAGAACAGCUUACCAACUGGUAUAUUCGUAUCAAUCGUGAGCGUAUGCGUGGCGCUUUGGGAGAGGAUGAAUCUUACGUGUCACUUGCUUCGUUGUACGCUUCUCUUGACGCAUUCACCCGGCUAAUGAGUAUGUUCGCCCCGUUCACAUCUGAAAUGAUAUAUUCCAACUUGAAGCGUGCAUCCUCGUCGUCCAGCGAUAGCGUCCACUUCGAAAUGCUGCCUCAAGUCAGUGGUACCGUAGACGAAGAGAUAACGCGUAAGGUUCACACCAUGCAGCAAGUCAUUCUACUUGGGCGUACCGUGCGUGAGAGACGACGUGUAUCGUUGAAGACGCCUAUCGCGGGUCUAAAGGUCAUCCAUGAAGAUGAACGUGUGCUUGAUGCUGUACGUGAGUUAGAAGCUUGGGUGAAAGAUGAGCUCAACGUAAUGAACAUCGAAUUUUCUAGGGAUGUGUCGUGUAUCAGCUGUCAAAUCACACCGAACUUCAAGGUGCUCGGGUCGCGUCUUGGAUCAAGUAUGAAACAGGUAGGAGCAGCAAUAAAGGGGUUAUCGCAAUCUGAAAUUACCGCGUUUGAGACUGAGGGUGGUGCCGAUAUCAUGGGCCACCGUAUCACAAUGGACGAUGUUCUGAUAUCCCGUCGCAUUGACCUAAGUGCUCUUUCCAAUCCCAACAUAGAUGGCGAUUCGAACCGCGAGGUAGCCGUUCUACUGGACUUUACCAGCGAUGAGUCACUCCAGUGGAUGGCGUGUGCUCGAGAGGUUGCCAACCGUGUCCAGAAGCUGCGUAAGCAACUGCGGUUGUCGGUACACGAUCAUGUGACCAUAUACGUACAGCCGUCCGGAGAGGAGGUAUUCGAAAAAUUGUCAUCGCAGAGCGAGUACCUAGAGAAAUCUCUAAGGCAUAGCGUAACCGUAACACGUGAUAUACCUUCUGGUGAAAAGUGCUCCCGCAUGACUCCGGUCAGGAGCCCCGCGGUGGCGCCGGCCAUGGCUCCCGCGGAUUCUGCAUCUGCCGGAAAGCCUGUAUCCAGCGUCAAAGACACAUACGUGGAAAUAGAUAGUCUGGCGCUGAUAAAGGCGCUCAAACAUUGCAAGGACAACUACCCUGUGCCAGUUAACGGUCAACUGCUUGGUCUAGAUGUCGGCGAUAAAUUAGAGGUUACCAACUGUUUACCGUACCCUCAGAAGAGAGACAUAUAUAACUCCCUUAAUAGGGACAAGAGCACGACCAACAUGACUGAAAAGGAAUUGGAGGAAAAGGCGGACGAUGAGUUUGUCAAGUACCAGGACAAAAUGAUCGAUCUGCUACAUGACAUUCACGUGGACUGCUUCGCCAUAGGAUGGUAUCAAACAUUGCACUUUGGCGAUGUGCAGUCUAAGGAAGUGAUUGAUAACUUGGUGAUCUACCAAGAGGCAGUUGAUAAGGCUAUCAUGCUGGGAUUUGAUCCUAUGUCAAGUACCGGUGAAAUUUCGUUCAAGGCAUACCGUGCGUCGGAGCAAUUGCUUGAGCUGUACCAUAACUCACAAGGAGAAAUAACCAAUUUUAACAGCUUAAAGGGCACUCAGAUUUUGGUGGAAGUGCCAAUAGUUAUCAAGAACUCGAUUCUGUCAGAGUGCUUCCUGAGCCAAUACGUGUUCGACAGCCCGGCACAGAAUGUAUCUGUGUUUGACAUCUUGGAUGCUGACCACAACAAAUACCUAGCACACAACUUAGAGUUCUUGUCUCAUUCGUUGGAGGCGCUCUCUGACAACCAGGAGAAGUUUUUCCGCUACCAGCGUGAGCUUGCCAAACUGACUCACCACCACAAACAACUGGUGGAGAGACGUAGGCUGGAGAACGAACAAGGUAGAUUGAAGGGCGAACCGAUUUUGCCUCUUCCAGAGCUCGAUCUGAGCUCCCUGAAGAAGGUCGAGAAGCCAUCGCAGCUGUCGACUAUAGUCAUGAGCAAUGAAUGCGCCACUCACACCAAGAGCAAGAGCAUCAACCGCAACCACCUCUUAGGGCAGUUCGGUACGACAAGCAUACUCCAGUCCAUGAAAGGCCUCGAGAGGCUGAGACGUUAUAUGAUGAUGACAUCGAUCAUGCUAAGCAAAGAUAUCGUGUUCCUGAUGAUCGAAGGUAUUUACAUACGGCCGUCACCAAAGUCAAACCGUAAAGGAGUACAGAAAGUGGAUCCUAACACUGCUGAAAUAGACGAACUGCUUUAUCUUAAAGAUGAAGCCGCCAGACUACGACGUCACCUCUUGGCGGUGCAACGCAAGACAGACGCUAUAGUUAAGCCCCCAGCGGAAGACUUCGAUGAUGUUGUACCAUCGAAAGGUAAUCAUAGACACGAUUUACAAAAAGGGAAAAACCUUCCAGUGAAUGAUCAUGGCCCUAUUGCUUCAAGAUGCAAAGAGGCUUUGGAACCCUGGAAAGAUGCGGCGACGCAUCUUUGUGCGGGUGUCGGUUCAAUGGUGCUAGCUGUAUGCCAACUUGUUAGUUUUACGGGGAAGAAUGCCCUCUCCAGUUGUUCAAACGUUUCUGGGGCUCACCCCAUGAGAGAUCAACCACCCUUGCAGUAUCAGCCUGAGGCACAGCGGCGUCAUAUAGAGCCAGACAAGACGAGAUAUGACACUCCACAGGAAAGACUGCGAUACGCAGAUACAAGGGGAGGGCACACUCCCCUUCGCCAAAACCCUAGUCCACCCCGUUACGGAACACCGGGUGGUGUGACUAGUUGUCACUGGGAAAGACAGCACCAAUCGCUUACUCGCAGGGAGAGGCGAGAGCUUCGCGCUCGUCGGGCAAAGAAUGCUGCAGUGCGACGAAUGCUAACGAGAUCGACUGACGGUUCGUCAAGUGAUGUCGAGUCCGUGGUGAGUAACGCUACAUCUUACCUGGAUCUUAACGGAUCCCAGUCUACCAUCUCGCGAUCGCCCAGCGAGACGGAGGGCAGUUUUGUAUUGUAUAUGGAUGAUAAAAGCCCAGAAGGACGGCCUUACGACGGAGUUGGAUUACCUCUUUCAUCGACUGACAGACCAAACUAUGGUCAUCCUAACAGACGACACAUUGGUCUUUCUGAUAUGGCCUACGUGGACGAUCAUACUUACAUACCGCAUACUUCUCUCUAUCAAACUCGCCAUAUUGAUCAACCAGUUAUAAGAAUAAAUUUGGGUGACAUGGAUGACCCAGGACCAACACUACCCACAGUAUCUAGGUCUCCAGAGCUACAGCCCAGCAGAAUCGAGACCUCAUUAGCCAGGCCUACAUAUGGUAGAGGCAAUGUUAUCACGGGCACUGGCAUAAACAAUAUCAACAGAGGGUUUCAGGUAGCACCACCUGUAUCGAAAAUUGCCGAAUCUUUGGAGGAGCCAAACAUGCCAGAUCGCAGCGACCAUACAGCAACAUUCGGAUCACCUACGGCUAUGGCAGAUAGUAGGAAUCUGCAAAGUCAGCACAUGCUAAAUGGGCUACGUGAUACACUAGGCGGAGAGUUUCGUCCGACCAACCCAGUUGCCCUGAGCCGGCAGCAGCCCAGAACUAGACCAGACGACGGUGUUCCGUCUCAAACCGGACUCAUUUCGCGCGGAGACAAUGUAGCGGCUGAUAGGACCACGGAACAGAUUCUAAGUGCUUUGCAAAAGGAGGAAAACAGUACACCUGUAGUUCCGCCAGGUGACACGGGCGAAAGCCCGCCAAAAUCUAAGGAUGUUGUUUCUAUAAGUGAGACGCGAAAUGUCGAAUCCGACCCACCGAUUGCGGAAGUCACAAAAACAAACGACUGCCGAAGCUAUGUCGAAGAGGCACAUAGACGGGACAAGCCGCGCAAAGCAAAAAUGGUGAAGAAGACUAAGUCUAAGGGUAUGGACAGCAUGAACCACAAGCUUCAGCUUGUGAUGAAGUCUGGAAAGGUGUGCUUGGGGUUCAAGUCUACCAAGGCUGCUCUACGUAAUGGCAAGGGGAAGGAUGUGUCAAGCCUUUUCCCCGAGGUCGUCAACUGCAUCCAGACUAAUAACUUGGAGCUUAAGAAAUUGGUAUACCUCUACGUAAUCAACUAUGCAAAGGUACAACCUGAGCUAGCCAUUUUGGCUGUGAACACUUUCUGCAAGGAUGCCAAGGAUCGCAAUCCGCUCAUAAGACUUCCAGCUAUUACGGAAUACUUGGUAGAACCGUUAAAGCGCUGUCACUCCGAUCCGGACCCGUACGUGCGAAUCUCGCCACAACUAGUGACCGAUGAAGGCUUCAUUGAUGUACUGGAGCGAAUGCUCUCAGACUCAAACCCUAUGGUGGUGGCCAACGCUGUGUCUACGCUAGUGGAAAUCUCAGAGCUGUCGGAGGACAACCUAUUGGGACGCAUACUCUCCAAGAACCCUUCCAAGCUAGAAGGACUACUGCGUUCGCUUAAUGAGUGUAUGGAAUGGGGGCAGGUGUACAUUUUGGAUGCACUGAUGCUCUACAACCCUUCCACCAGCGAUGAGGCGCGCAUGUUGGUCGACGCAGUGCUCCCCCGCUUCUCGCAUAUUAACCCAGCUGUGGUUAUGUCCGCUAUUAAGGUAGUCAUCAAACUGCUACCUAAGGUGAACGACGAGGAAUAUGUCCACAUGCUUCAAAACAAGCUUGCCGCGCCGUUAGUGACGUUGGUCUCACUAGACCCAGAGAUCCAAUACGUGGCCUUGCGUUCGAUCCUAGUGGUCAUUGAGAAGUGGCCACGCCUGCUGGAGGGAAGCGUGCGCGCGUUCUUCUGCAAACGUCACGAACCUCUCUAUGUGCGUAUAGAGAAGCUGGAGAUUAUGGUCCGUCUUGCUACGACGACCAACUUCCAGAAAGUACUCUCUGAGCUCUGCGAGUACGCAACAGACAUUGACGUCGACUUUGUCCGUCGUACAGUUCGCGCCAUUGGUGCGUUGGCCGUGCGUUUGGAGGCUGCAUUGUCGGCCUGCACUAGCGCACUGAGCGACCUGCUACGUAUGCGGGUUUCGCACCUUACGGAUGAGUGUACAAUCGUGUACCGCGACCUGCUCCGCGUCUAUCCACACGUUUUCAGUUUGGAUUUGUUUUCACUAUGUGCAGAUGUGGAGUAUCUGCACGCAAUAGAAUCAAAGUCCGCGUUGGUGUGGAUCAUCGGACAGUAUGCCUCGAAGAUACCUGACGCAGUCGAAUACAUCUCUAAUAUGGCGGAAGCACUUCACGACGAGGAUCACCAGGUUCAGUUGAGUCUUUUGACAGCGGCUGUCAAAGUUGUGGUGGUACAUGGCACUGACUGCGGUUUGGUUGAUCAGGUGCUUCGCCGCUGCCUCUAUGAGAGCACGAGCCCCGACGUCCGCGGGAGAGCUCAGAUAUAUAUGCGUCUGCUAGAUUACGGAUUAGAUGUAGCAGGAAAAGUCGUAAUGGCCCCUCUUCCACCCAUUGGUUUGCCUACCAUUGAUAAGGAUGUGUUGGAUAACCUGUUGGGUCACAUUGGUCAGGUCUCCGCUGUGUACCAUUUACCAGCAUGGGCAGUCUCGUUUAAGGAUGCUCUACCGAUUGGAUCAACCCGCGAGAAAGAACCUAAAGAGUCUGACACGUCGUCAAGCGACGGUGAUCUUCUUGACCUGGGCGACUCUGACGUCACUCCGUCCAAAACGGACAGCUUCGACAUCUUCAACGACAUGCCACAGGAACGCCACGGCGGCUACGCGGAAGACCUAUUUGUGGGAUACGACAAGUCAUUCCGAUAUGCGUGCAAGGAAGAAGUGGUGUUAACGCAGUACCAACAGGGUUCCAAGGGCCAGAUGGGCCUACAGGUGGUAGCAUCUUUGUACCGAGAAGACGAUAGAAUGGUGCUAAAGCUGAUCCUCACCAAUAAAACAUCCGGUCCUAUAUCGCUUCAAGCCAUACAAUUCAACAAGAAUUCGUUUGGACUGAGCCCGGCGUCGCCACUUGAUAACCCAGUUGCCGUAUUCCCCGAUAAGAGCACUGAGACACACGUCCCUCUUGCAGCUGGUGUUGUGCUUUCCAAUACGCCGCCUUCCAACCCGAUAGACUUACACGUGGCGAUCAAGACGAAUGUCGAUGUGUUUUACUUCCGUGUAUUUUAUGAGCUGCCAAUAGUUUUGACACAUGGCGCGAGGAUUUCGCCGCGCCAGUUCGAGGAGCUUUGGUCUAGCUUCCCCGUGGAGGAGUCAUUUGAUGUUGGCAGCAGGGACAGUAUCAGCGAUGUGGCCGCUAAGAUUGGCCUGUCGUUCGUAGGCUCUGGUUUGAACGUUGGUCACCAUGCAGGCCGGCCCACCGAUUCUUUCUACGCAAUAACGACCAAUUCUUUACGUCUGCUAGUGGUGUUCAGCGGCGGCCGCGCUUCUGUGAAGGCUGAAGCGGCUGCGUUGAUGCCUCUGUUGGUACAUACCAUUGGCACGGCGCUGCGUGCUUAG